AUGUGCAAAGGAUUCGGAUCGACCUUGACCGGCCCUGCUCUUCAGUGGUAUAUCAACCUGCCCACCAAAUCCAUCAAAUCCUUUGCAGCCCUUAGCGAUAAGUUCGUGGAGCAGUUCGCUAGCAGCCAUGACCUAGAGAAGAACUCGGAUGAUCUCUAUGAGAUCCUCCAGCAUUGGAAUGAGCCCCUUCGUUCUUACAUAGCUCGCUUCAACCAAGCGAAGGUAGCUAUUCCUGAGUGCAACACUGAUACGGCUAUCUCAGCCUUCAAGAGGGGUCUACUUCCAGAGGGAGACCUUUACAAGGAGCUGAUCAAAUACAAGUGCAGGAUUAUGGAAGACGUGCUGUCUCGUGCUUGGGCUCAAGUAAGAUGGGAAGAAGAUGUUGUUAGUAGGGCUAAAGCCGGUCCAAAGUAUGAUCAGAAGUCAUCGAAGCAUACAAGGAGCGACAGCGACGAGCCUUCUCACUCUAAGUCUGCUAGGGAGACUAGUAACCCGAAUAGGGGCAGGUAUCAGUAUCGACCUUUGCCUAGAUCCGAAGGGAUGAUGGUGUCUACUUGGCCUGACAUCUCCCAUCUUGCGAUAUCCAAACUGGAGCUGAUCGGUGUCUUACGACAAAUGGGUCCUCAAGUCAAGUGGCCUCCUAAGAUGAAGGCCGCGGAGGCUAAUCGAAAUCCCAAGCGAUGGUGUGAGUUCCAUAGUGAUCAUGGUCAUACUACUGAGGAUUGCAUAGCCCUAAAGAUGGAAGUCGCCGAGCUCCUCAAGAAAGGCUACCUACGGGAGUUCCUCUCGAAUAAAGCCAAGAACCUUCUAAAUAAAGAAGGUCCCGGUCUCCCUAUUGAGGCAGCUCCCGCAUUGCCACCACAGCAAGACCGGGUGAUCCACGUCAUCACAGGCGGAUCAGUGGUGAGCGGAAUUAGUAGUGCCGCAGCCAAGAAAAGUACUCGCAAUGCCAGGAACAACCAAGAGGCCGAGGGUCCCAAGUGCCUACUCCUUGGAACAGAUGAGAUCAGUUUCACUGCAAGGGAGCAGGAGAAGGUCCUCACCGCUCAUCAUGACGCUCUCGUCAUUUCACUUACCAUAGCAAACUGCUUGGUCAAGCGGAUACUAGUAGAUAAUGGGAGCUCAAGCAACAUAAUCUUCUAUUCGGCCUUCGCCGACCUGGGUUUGGAACCUACAGCUCUAACCAGAAAGGCAACUCCCCUCGUAGGCUUCAGUGGAGAAGUCAAACAAACCUUAGGAGAAGUCCUUCUUCCCGUGUAUGCCAAAGGGAAGAAGCUUCUGGCCCCACAUACCGAAGAGCCGGAAGUGGAAGAAAUGGAUAAGGUCCCGCUCACGGAAGGGAACUCGAGUCGAAACUUAAAGAUAGGCUCCAAGCUUCCGGAAAGCUUGAGAAGGAUACUGGUCGAUUUUUUAAGAUCCAACUCCAAUUGCUUUGCCUGGUCUCACGAAGACAUGCCUGGGAUCAAUCCCGAUGUUAUCAUGCAUCAACUCAAGGUGGAUCCAAUGCAUCCUCCUGUCAGACAGAAGAGGAGAAAAUUCGCUCCUGAAAGGGACGAGAUAAUCAACGAAGAGGUCAGAACCUACUAG